CACCACCACCUCCAGCACGAUGAUGAAGGGCAUGAGCAGAACCACCUUGUCACGCCAAAAGAAAUCAUGGAGAGGAGAAACACAACGUCAGACUUCAUUCUGCUAGGACUUUUUAAGUACACAAGAACCCACCUCUUUCUCUUCCUGAUGGUGUUGAUAAUGACCAUCACUUCCUUGACUGGCAACACCCUCAUGCUUCUCCUGAUUCACAGGGAUGCCCGGCUCCACACACCGAUGUACUUCCUAUUGAGUCAACUUUCCUUUAUGGACCUGAUGCUGGUUUCCACCAUUGUGCCCAAAAUGACUGCUGACUACAUAACUGGCAAGAAAUCCAUCUCCCCCGCAGGCUGUGGACUACAAAUCUUUGUCUCUCUCACACUAGGUGGUGGAGAGAGUUUCCUUUUAGCAGCCAUGUCCUAUGACCGCUAUGUGGCUGUUUGUCACCCGCUGAGAUACCCUAUCCUUAUGAACUGGCGAUUGUGUUUGCAAAUGACAUUGGGGUCUUGGCUUGUGGGGGCAGCUGAUGGACUCAUGCAGGCUGCUGCUACCCUGAGCUUCCCAUAUUGCAGCACCCGUGAGAUUGAUCAUUUCUUCUGUGAGGCCCCUGCUCUGGUACGUUUGGCUUGUGCUGACACUUCUGUCUUUGAAAAGGCCAUGUACAUCUGCUGUGUGUUAAUGCUCCUGGUCCCGUUUUCCCUCAUCCUGGCCUCCUAUGGUCUCAUUCUCUCUGCUGUUCUCCAGAUGCGUUCCAUAGAAGCUCGUAAAAAGGCUUUUGCCACCUGUUCCUCACAUUUGGCUGUGGUGGGACUCUUUUAUGGAGCUGCUAUAUUUAUCUACAUGAGACCCAAAUCUUACCAGUCAGCAAACUACGACAAGGUUGUGUCUGCUUUCUAUACCAUAUUCACCCCUGUGCUGAACCCUCUCAUCUACAGUCUGAGGAACAGUGAGGUCAAAGGAGCCGUAGAAAGGUGGCUGAAGAAAUAUACAAACUUAAAACACUAG